UUAAGAGUUUAAUUGAAUUAAAUUUAAUGUUAAUAGAUUUGGAAACACCAACAUUUUGGUCCCCACAAGUACCCUGAGUGUCUGGAUCAUGUGCAUAUUAGCGCUCCUUUGUUUGUGUGUGUGUGUGUGUGUGUGUGUGUGUGUGUGUGUGUGUUUGCUGAGAUGACUGGUCUAUGUCCUUGGUUGUGUGCGUGUUUGUGAGAGAUCAAUACCUGUGUUGAACGUCUGUGGCUGUGUGCACAUUACACAACUACCCCACAACUACUGUCACAUUCAGCGUACAGUGUGCUACUGCCCUCUCAUUAUUGCUGUUGAUAUCAGAACGCAUUUAUGUUUUAAAAAACAAUCAUCUUCAUGAUGAGAGCUGUAAUGGGGCAUUUCAUAGGGCUGGGGUGGAUGGGGCAAAUCUGUAUCAUGGUUUUGUGGAGCAGGAAGAGCUCUGACUCUGCGGGAAAUUUAUCAUGAGAGGAAAGGCUUUAGCAGGAAAAACUGCUAACAGUUUAGCUCUUAGUCAAGGGUGAGGUGAGAUUAACAGUUGGGCAUAAUUAUUCUGCUGUCUGUAUAAGUGGAAAUAAAAUUCAGGUUAUUUAUAUAGCCAUAUCCCUCUUUAUUUAUCCACACCCUUCUUUUGUGUGUAAGCACAUGUGUCCAGACCCUUUCCAGGAGUGUACUGUACACUUUAGUGUUCUACUGCGCUAAAACACCUGCUCUAACACACCUGGCGUGUUCAGGUGUGCCAGAGUAGGGAGGAAACUAAACUAUGCAGUGUAGGGAGAAUAGAGAACUAUCUUAAGAAUUAAGUCAGUUAAAGAAAUCUGCACAUGCAGCUUGAUUGGCAGACAUUUAUGUACACGAUUACGAUGUCAGGACUGCACAGUGAACACAGUCUAAACAGUUACUAGAGGGAGUGUCUGUGAGAGAGGGAGAAGGCUGUUGGAUUUGUCUUAAAGGGCUAAGGCUUAUUCAUACAUCCAUAAUGGUUUUUAAAACUGUUUUGUGUAUGUCAUUUUGUUUAAAGAAAGUUAAUUUAGUCUAACAGACGACAUACAAAACGCGACAUACAAAAUCGCUCCUCCAAUCAGAGCCAUUCAUUUUUGGAUUCAAGCAAUCAUUACAAAGUAAUCUGGAGGAACAUAUGACCACUGAGUUGAAACGGCUUUCUCCAAAUAUGCAAAUACACGUAUAAACACACAGGCAAAUAAACUGAUGCAGCAUUUGAACUAAUGAAUGUACGUGUGUGUGUGUAACAUGAAUGGGGAGGUGUAGUUUCAAUACAUGUGUUAUUUGGUGUAGUACGGUUGUUACCCUUUUGUUUGUGUGUGUGUGUGUGUGUGUGUGUGUGUGAGGUGUCUAUCUGCUCCAAAAUAAUAAUAUAAAAAAGUUGCAGGGUGUGGUGGUUUGUCCUUAUCUCUGUCUUUCCCCCGUCUUGCGUCUCCUGGUGUGGAGAGAUAGACAAGGGCGUGGUGUCGUCAGCUCUGACUGGAGUAGUGAGUAAGAGACGGUGGUGGUGUCAUCAGCUCUGACUGGAGUAGUGAGUAAGAGACGGUGGUGGUGUCAUCAGCUCUGACUGGAGUAGUGAGUAAGAGAUGAUGGUGGUGUCAUCAGCUCUGACUGGAGUAGUGAGUAAGAGACGGUGGUGGUGUCAUCAGCUCUGACUGGAGUAGUGAGUAAGAGAUGAUGGUGGUGUCAUCAGCUCUGACUGGAGUAGUGAGUAAGAGACGGUGGUGGUGUCGUCAGCUCUGACUGGAGUAGUGAGUAAGAGAUGGCAAUGGUGUCAUCAGCUCUGACUGGAGUAGUGAGUAAGAGACGAUGGUGGUUUUCUCAGCUCUGACUGGAGUAGUGAGUAAGAGACGAUGGUGGUGUCAUCAGCUCUGACUGGAGUAGUGAGUAAGAGACGGUGAUGGUGUCAUCAGCUCUGACUGGAGUAGUGAGUAAGAGACGGUGAUGGUGUCGUCAGCUCUGACUGGAGUAGUGAGUAAGAGACGGUGAUGGUGUCAGCUCUGACUGGAGUAGUGAGUAAGAGACGGUGAUGGUGUCAUCAGCUCUGACUGGAGUAGUGAGUAAAAGACGGUGAUGGUGUCAUCAGCUCUGACUGGAGUAGUGAGUAAGAGACGAUGGUGUCAUCAGCUCUGACUGGAGUAGUGAGUAAGAGACGAUGGUGGUUUUCUCAGCUCUGACUGUAGUAGUGAGUAAGAGACGGUGAUGGUGUCGUCAGCUCUGACUGGAGUAGUGAGUAAGAGACGAUGGUGGUGUCGUCAGCUCUGACUGGAGUAGUGAGUAAGAGACGAUGGUGGUGUCGUCAGCUCUGACUGGAGUAGUGAGUAAGAGACGAUGGUGGUGUCGUCAGCUCUGACUGGAGUAGUGAGUAAGAGACGGUGGUGGUGUCGUCAGCUCUGACUGGAGUAGUGAGUAAGAGACGAUGGUGGUUUUCUCAGCUCUGACUGUAGUAGUGAGUAAGAGACGGUGAUGGUGUCGUCAGCUCUGACUGGAGUAGUGAGUAAGAGACGAUGGUGGUGUCGUCAGCUCUGACUGGAGUAGUGAGUAAGAGACGAUGGUGGUGUCGUCAGCUCUGACUGGAGUAGUGAGUAAGAGACGGUGAUGGUGUCGUCAGCUCUGACUGGAGUAGUGAGUAAGAGACGAUGGUGGUGUCGUCAGCUCUGACUGGAGUAGCGAGUAAGAGACGAUGGUGGUGUCAUCAGCUCUGACUGGAGUAGCGAGUAAGAGACGGUGAUGGUGUUGUCAGCUCUGACUGGAGUAGCGAGUAAGAGACGGUGAUGGUGUCGUCAGCUCUGACUGGAGUAGUGAGUAAGAGACGGUGAUGGUGUCGUCAGCUCUGACUGGAGUAGUGAGUAAGAGACGGUGAUGGUGUCAUCAGCUCUGACUGGAGUAGUGAGUAAAAGACGGUGAUGGUGUCAUCAGCUCUGACUGGAGUAGUGAGUAAGAGACGAUGGUGUCAUCAGCUCUGACUGGAGUAGUGGGUAAGAGACGAUGGUGGUGUCGUCAGCUCUGACUGGAGUAGUGAGUAAGAGACGGUGAUGGUGUCAUCAGCUCUGACUGGAGUAGUGAGUAAGAGACGGUGAUGGUGUCGUCAGCUCUGACUGGAGUAGUGAGUAAGAGACGGUGGUGUCAUCAGCUCUGACUGGAGUAGCGAGUAAGAGACGGUGAUGGUGUCGUCAGCUCUGACUGGAGUAGUGAGUAAGAGACGGUGAUGGUGUCAUCAGCUCUGACUGGAGUAGUGAGUAAGAGACGGUGAUGGUGUCAUCAGCUCUGACUGGAGUAGUGAGUAAGAGACGAUGGUGUCAUCAGCUCUGACUGGAGUAGUGAAUAAGAGACGAUGGUGGUUUUCUCAGCUCUGACUGGAGUAGUGAGUAAGAGACGAUGGUGGUGUCAUCAGCUCUGACUGGAGUAGUGGGUAAGAGACGAUGGUGGUGUCGUCAGCUCUGACUGGAGUAGUGAGUAAGAGACGGUGAUGGUGUCAUCAGCUCUGACUGGAGUAGUGAGUAAGAGACGGUGAUGGUGUCGUCAGCUCUGACUGGAGUAGUGAGUAAGAGACGGUGGUGUCAUCAGCUCUGACUGGAGUAGUGAGUAAGAGACGGUGAUGGUGUCAUCAGCUCUGACUGGAGUAGUGAGUAAGAGAUGGUGGUGUCGUCAACUCUGACUGGAAUAGGGCGUGAGAGAUGGUGAUCUGACUGGAGUACCCUCACUACUUAUAUUGCCCCAGAGACAACGCAGGUCUAUCGAUCCAGCAAUAUGCAACUUGGGAAUUCCUGAUUGGACCCAAACAAGAACCUUUGGGCGUUUAUCAUCAGUGAGUAAAUACUGGGCACUGUGAAGACAAGCAUGUUGACUCCUGGUCAUGGUUCAUUCACAUUUAGCGGACUGGUAGCGUUAUGUGAUUACUUUCAAACCCUCUGGCACAAGCAAAGUACGUACGUAGUGAUUUAUUUAGGCAGUGUGUGCUGUGUUUGUAGGCAGCGCCGUACCUCCUCUCUGGUAGUACAGUGGCACAGGGAGAUGAUGCCAAAGCUGCAGGUUUAGUGUACUGAAGCUCCACAGAUUAAUGGCAUGUGUGGACUGUAUUACAUUAGUAGAAUUAGUACAUGUGUUUGACUGUAGUUAUGAUGAUUAUGUAAUAAUUAGAGUACAAAUGCUUUUCAAGAGCAAAGUGAUUGUAACUGACACGCUUUGUAGUAGAUUCCAUAACAAAAAUUUGUCAAAGUACUUAAACUGCACAGUGUAGGGUUAGUCCAGGUGUGCUGGAGCAGCAGAACACUAAACUGUACAAUGCAGGGUUAGUCCAGGUGUGUUGGAGCAGCAGAACACUAAACUGUACAGUGCAGGUUUAGUCCAGGUGUGUUGGAGCAGUAGAACACUAAACUGUACAGUGCCGGGUUAGUCCAGGUGUGUUGGAGAAGCAGAACACUAAAUUAUACAGUGCAGGGUUAGUCCAGGUGUGUUGGAGCAGUAGAACACUAAACUGUACAGUGCAGGGUUAGUCCAGGUGUGUUGGAGCAGUAGAACACUAAACUGUACAGUGCAGGGUUAGUCCAGGUGUGUUGGAGAAGCAGAACACUAAAUUAUACAGUGCAGGGUUAGUCCAGAUGUGUUGGUGAUGGUUCAGUACUGAGUUGGGUUGUGGGGGUUAGGGUUUGUUCAGUAAAUUGUCAUGGUCUUUGUCCUGCAGGUGGAGCAGACAGAUGGGUGAUCGUCUGUGGAAGAUGCUAACUGGGACUACAGUAGGCGGAGCCCAAGCAGAAGAGGGGGUGGAGGAAGGGGGAGGAGCCCGAGACACCAUAACUCGUGUGGAGAUGAAGCUCGUCCAACCAGGAUCAGAAUCAGGGUCAGAGGCAGGCCUUAGUAAUGACAUCGCAGCAUUGGUGCUACGGCGGCAGUUUGACCGUAGGAAGGCGGUGGGAUACCUGACGCUGAUCGGCCUACUGAUAUUUACCACUGCGUUCCUCCUGGGCUACGUGUCAUUCCGCAGAAUGUGCCAUUUCUGCAGUGAGGAGGGGGAGCUGGUGCCGAUGUAUGACACAGCUGGACAAGACCAUUCCUCAGGGGGGAGCAUUAUGUAUUUGGGGGAGCUGAAGGAAAUGCUGAAGAAAUACCUGAAAGAAGAGAAGAUAGAGAAUACAGUUCGGAGAAUGAGCAGGAUGCCCCAUCCUCCGGGGUCUUCAGAAGGAUAUGCUUUAGCCAGUGAGAUUCUGCACAACUUCCAGAAACUCCACAUGGACCACAUCUGGGCCGAUUCACACUAUGCCACCCUGCAGUUCCCAUCCAGGACCCAGAGGAAUGCCCUAUGGAUGGUGGAUGCAGAAGGGGUGGAGCUAGAGGAGAUUUCAUUAGACAGUGCUGAUUACUGUGCAUACAGCGCUAUGGGAACAGCCACGGGUGGUGUAGUCUACGUGAACUAUGCACGACAGGAAGACUUUAAGCACCUGCACACUCUGGGUGUGGUGCUCAAUGGCUCUGUCGCCAUGGCGAGAGUGGGAGGAGGCGUGAGUUUUGCCGAGAAGGUGUGGCAUGCUCAGGAGGCGGGGCUUGUCGGUGUUCUAAUUUAUCCUGACCCUGCGGACAUUCCACAGGAUCCACGGCGACUCGGUCUCCAUAGCAACAUUGCAGUCUCCGAGCACGUUCACCUAGGCUCAGGUGAUCCAUUCACACCUGGAUUCCCCUCCUUUAACCACACCCAGUUCCCUCCUACACAGUCCUCUGGCCUGCCACUCAUCCCUGCCCAGCCAAUCAGUGCUAAUAUUGCCUCCAAAUUGCUAAGUCAGUUAGUGGGGGAGGCGUGUCCUCGCGGCUGGCAGGGACGUCUGCCCUAUGUGCAGUGUGUGUUGGGUCCAGGGUUUUCGGGUCCGGACGGGCGUAGGGUGAAGAUGGACGUCUAUAACAGAAUGAGUCCUGUCCUGAUCAACAACGUCUUUGCCUCCAUCGAGGGCAAGAUCGAACCAGACCAAUAUGUCAUUCUGGGGGCCCAGAGGGACUCGUGGGGCCCUGGGGCAGUGAAGUCUGGAGUGGGUACAGCCAUCCUGCUGGAGCUCGCACGCACCUUCAGCGCUAUGGUGCAGAAUGGUUUCCAGCCCAGGCGUAGCCUGCUCUUUGUAAGCUGGGAUGCAGGAGACUUUGGAAAUGUUGGUGCCACCGAGUGGCUAGAGGGUUACCUGUCUUUACUCCAUCUGAAGGCUGUGGCAUACUUCAGUCUGGACCAGGCGGUUAUGGGUGAUGACACUCUUUCUGCAUACACAAGCCCUUUGCUGGUGGAUCUCAUUGAAGGAGCCCUCAAACAAGUGGAGCACCCAAAGCACACGGGACGGUCCAUCCUUUCACUCUUGGAAGCUCAGGGCAGUUGGAGGAGCAGGAUGGUGAAGCCGUUAUAUCUGAACAGUGGGGCCUACAGUUUCACAGCAUUUGGAGGAGUUCCUGCCAUGGAGCUUCGGUUUCAUGAGGAGGGCCGUGUGUACCCGUUUGUGAACACCCAGCUGGACAGCGUGGGGCGGCUGCAGGAUCUGUUACAGGGUCGUCUGGGUGAGGUGUGCCGGGCGCUGGGUGAACUGGUGGCCCUCAUGGUACUGAGACUCACCCACGACAGCAUCCUGCCGCUGGACGUCACCUCCUAUAGCACCAGUGCACUACGCCUCAGCUCACAGCUCAACCAGCUGUCUGCUGAGCUACAGGUGCGUGGUUUGUCUCCUCAGUGGGUGUACAGUGCGAGGGGAGAUUACAGCCGGGCAGCUAAAACCCUGCAAGAGGCCAUAAAGAACACGGAUGUUCAGGACGAGAGGAUGACCCGCCUUUACAACACUCGCAUCAUGAGGGUGGAGUACUACUUCCUGUCUCAGUAUGUGUCUGUAGUGGAGACUCCAUUCCGGCAUGUUCUGCAUGGCCGUGGUGAGCACACACUGAGCGCGCUCAUUCAGCACCUCUCUCUGCUGCGCACCAACCCCCAGCUGUUCCAUGAGGCCCGUUUCCGCCGGCAACUGGCUCUCUUCACCUGGACCCUGCAAGGUGCUGCAAACGCACUUAGCGGUGAUGUCUGGAACAUAGACAACCCAUUCUAGAACAUCUGGAACAUAGGAAACCCAUUCUAGAACAUCUGGAACAUAGGCAAUCCAUUCUAGAACAUCUGGAACAUAGAAAACUCAUUCUAGGACAUCUGGAACAUAGACAACCCAUUCUAGAACAUCUGGAACAUAGGAAACCCAUUCUAGAACAUCUGAAACAUAGGCAACCCAUUCUAGAACAUCUGGAACAUACGCAACCCAUUCUAGAACAUCUGGAACAUAGACAACCCAUUCUAGAACAUCUGGAACAUAGGCAACCCAUUCUGGAACAUAGACAAUCCAUUCUAGAACAUCUGGAACAUAGACAACCCAUUCUGGAACAUAGACAAUCCAUUCUAGAACAUCUGGAACAUAGACAACCCAUUCUAGAACAUCUGGAACAUAGGCAACCCAUUCUGGAACAUAGACAAUCCAUUCUAGAACAUCUGGAACAUAGACAACCCAUUCUGGAACAUAGUCAACCCAUUCUAGAACAUCUGGAACAUAGUCAACCCAUUCUAGAACAUCUGGAACAUAGACAACCCGUUCUAGAAAAUCUGGAACAUAGGCAACCCAUUCUAGUUUUUAGAACUUUCAUGACCUUCAGACUACUGACAGUUACAGCUCAGAAAGCACCUAUGAUUCUGGAAAGUAAGUGUAAGUCUGAUGAAACAGUAUUAUUUACUCAAGCUUUUAUAAUGUCCUCCACAAAGUCAAAGCUUUUUUGACUUUUUAAAAAAUUGAGUUUCUUUUCAUUAAUUAAUUGUUAAUUAACAAUUAUGAUUAAGAUGUAAUUUAUUUUAUUACUAAGUGAUAAGGCUGUUAAUAUAAACAGUAAUUAUCGAGAGCAGUGACUCUCAUAAUUAUGACAGUCAUACUGUCGUUUAAUCAGAAAGCAGCAUCUGCUAUCAGUCCAUUUGAUCGUCAUACAGAAACUACCAGAGAACUGGUAUGUUAGCCCUGUUUUGCUGUCAUAUGACCCCUCAGACUGUGACAUCAGCAUUGUGCUCUGUUUUGCUUUAUAUUUGCGUUAGUAUGUCAAAUUUCUUUUGUAGUUUUGAUGUUAAUAUGUGACACACUGAUACAAAUCUAAAAUCUUUAUAAAGCAUCUGUUGUUGAACAUUUUGAUGUAGUGUACUGGUGGAACACCAAUAAACAUUCACUGCUUAAAGCAGUAAAGUAUUAUUUUGUUUUCAU